AUGGUGGAACCCAUAUGUGCCACCGGCGUGGCGGCGCAGCUGCGUAGUCAACGAGACAGGCAGGAAGGUCUGGGCCAGAACGACAACGCCGUCAAGUUCCUGGGUCAGGACUAUGAGUCAUUGCGUGCGCGAAGCCUCCAGAGCGGGAAGCUCUUUGAGGACCCCUACUUCCCCUGCGCUGCCUCCUCUCUGGGCUUCAACGAGCUCGGACCCAGGUCGUCCAAGACCUACGGCGUGCGCUGGAUGAGGCCCACGGAACUGUGCAAGCGUCCCGCCUUCAUCGUGGACGGAGCGACCCGAACUGACAUCUGCCAGGGAGCUCUGGGGGACUGCUGGCUGCUGGCAGCCAUCGCUUCGCUGACCUUAAACAACAACCUCCUGCACCGGGUGGUCCCGCACGGACAGGGUUUUGAGCAGGGCUACGCAGGAAUCUUCCACUUUCAGUUCUGGCAGUUCGGCGAGUGGGUGGAGGUGGUGAUCGAUGACCGUCUGCCGGUCAAGGACGGCAAGCUGCUCUUUGUCCACUCUGCAGAAGGUGGAGAAUUCUGGAGUGCGCUGAUAGAGAAGGCCUACGCCAAGUUGAACGGUUGCUACGAGGCGCUGUCGGGAGGCAGCACCUCCGAAGGCUUCGAGGAUUUCACCGGCGGCGUGACGGAAAUGUUCGAGCUGAACAAGGCGCCCUCUGACCUCUUCAGCAUCAUGGGCCGCGCCAUCGAGAGAGGCUCGCUGCUGGGCUGCUCCAUCGAUAUCACCAGCACUAGAGAUAUGGAGGCGGUCACCUUCAAGAAGCUGGUCAAGGGACACGCUUACUCCGUGACAGGCUUGGACGAGGUGGUCUACCGCGGAAACCUAACCAAGCUGGUCCGUAUCCGGAACCCGUGGGGGGAGGUGGAGUGGACCGGCGCUUGGAGCGACAAUUCUCGCGAAUGGGACAACGUGGACCGCGGGGUCCGCUCCCGGCUGCAAAACCGUAGCGAGGACGGUGAAUUCUGGAUGUCCUUCAGCGACUUCCUGCGCGAGUUCAGCCGUCUGGAAAUCUGCAACCUGACCGCAGACGCGCUCCAGCACAGCCAAAUGAAGACCUGGAGCUCGUCGCUUUACCCGGGCGAAUGGAGACGGGGCAGCACGGCCGGAGGAUGCCGAAACUAUCCGGCGACCUUUUGGCUGAACCCUCAAUUCAAGUUGCUGCUGCAGCAUCCCGACUCGCCCGGCGCAUCGGACUGCAGCUUCUUGGUGGCACUCAUGCAAAAGGACCGCAGGAAGAAGAGGCGGGAAGGCAAAGACAUGGAGACCAUUGGCUUCGCCGUCUACGAGGUUCCCAGCGAGGCUAAAGGGCAGACGGGAGUCCACUUGAAGCAGAACUUCUUCCUCACGCACGCUUCCAGCGCUCGCUCGGAACUCUUCAUCAACUUAAGGGAAGUCAGCUCCCGUUUACGUCUUCCGGCCGGCGAGUACGUCAUCGUGCCGUCCACCUUCGAGCCCCACAAGGAGGCGGAUUUCGUUCUGCGCGUUUUCUCCGAGAAGCCCGCCGACUCAGAGGAGCUGGAUGACGACGUGGUGGCCGAUCUUCCCAGCGAGAACUAUUUGGACGAGAGUCAGAUCGAGGCGGGCUUCAAGAGUCUCUUCCGCCAGUUGGCUGGUGCGGACAUGGAAAUCAGCAUCAACGAGCUGCAGACCAUCCUGAACCGCAUCAUCAGCAAGCACAAAGACCUGAAGACGGACGGCUUCACCAAGGAGGCGUGUCGUAGCAUGAUUAACCUCAUGGAUACGGACGGCAGCGGGAAGCUGGGCCUAGUGGAGUUCCACGUGCUGUGGGAGAAGAUUAAACGCUACCUGACCAUUUUUAGAAACUACGACCUGGACAAGUCUGGCAGCAUGAGUUCUUACGAGAUGAGGAUGGCGCUGGAGUCGGCAGGCUUCAAGCUGACCAAUCACCUGUUCCAGCUCAUCAUCCUGCGCUACACCGAGGAAGACAUGGCCGUGGACUUUGACAACUUUGUGACGUGCCUGGUGCGCCUGGAGUCCAUGUUCAAAACCUUCAAGGUCAUGGACACGGACGCCGACGGCGUCAUCUCGCUCAACUUCUCUCAGUGGCUCUCCCUGACCAUGUUCGCCUAG